UAAGGCAGGGACAGUUGGAAGUAAUUAAUCGUAGAAUUUGUGGGUGGAAACUUAGCAUUUGUACCUUCCUUUUUCUACCCACCCUAUUAUAAACGACACUAUAAAUUUCUAUGAACUCAUAUGCACAAUUUCAUUACAACAUUACAUUAAAGCUUACCUCUCUCUACUACACUUCAUCACUUUAACCAAAACAUAUAUUAGAAUCAUGGGGUUCUACUUCCCAUACAAUAUCCUACCUUUUCUUACUUUGUUGUUUGUAGCAAGCCAUGCCGUGCAAUCUCCAGAACUUUAUUGGAAGUCUGUUCUGCCAAACACACCUAUGCCAAAAGCUGUUACAAAUCUUCUACAAUCAGAUAUAUUAAGGGAAGAGAAGAGUACCUCUGUGAAUAAUGUUGAUAACAAAGGAAGUAGCAACGUUGAUGUUGGUGUUGGUGUUGGUAACAAAGGAGGUACCAACGUUGGUGUUGGUGUUGGUGUUGGUAACAAAGGAGGUACCAACGUUGGUGUUGGUGGUAAAGAAGGAGGAGUUUCUGUAAACACAACACAUAAGGGAAAACCUGUUUAUGUUGGAGUAGGUGUGAAAGGAAAAGACCCAUUUGUGUACAAGUAUGCAGCCAAUGAAACUCAACUUCAUGACAAUCCUAGUGUAGCUCUGUUUUUCUUGGACAAGGACAUUCAACCUGGGACUCAAAUGAACUUGAACUUCGUCAAGAGUAGUACUAGUAUGAGUAGUACUUCAACUUUCUUGCCCCGUCAAGUAGCUCAAUCAAUCCCAUUCUCAUCUAAAAAAUUGCCUGAAAUUUUGAACAAACUUUCGGUUAAACCACACUCAGAGGAGGCUGAGAUGGUGAAACAAACAAUCGAAGAGUGUGAAGAGCCGAGUAUCAAAGGUGAAGACAAGUAUUGUGCAACUUCAUUAGAGUCAAUGAUAGACUUUACCACUUCCAAGCUUGGUAACAACAACAACGUACAAGCAAUUUCUACAAAUGUAGUAGAGGAGAAAGAAUCUGUUGGGAUACAAAAGUACACAAUAAAACAAGUAGAAAAGAAGAGAAACUCAAACUCCAAAGUAACCGUUGUGUGCCACAAGCUAAACUAUCCUUUCGCAGUCUUCUAUUGCCACACUUCACAAGCCACUGAGGCUUAUAUGGUGACCUUACAAGGUAGUGAUGAUGGGAACAAAGUUAAGGCAGUAGCUGCUUGCCAUAAAGACACCUCAGGAUGGAACCCAAACCACUUGGCCUUCAAAGUCCUUAACGUUAAACAAGGAACUGUUCCAGUCUGCCAUUUCCUUCCUCAGGAUCAUAUUGUUUGGAUUCAAAACUAGAACUCUACUAUAUAUUUAUAUUUUAUAUACUCCAUACAAUUAAUGCAUCUUUUCUUUAUUAUUUAGUUGGAUUGGAGUAUAGUUUUAGUUGCAGCAGGUUUUUAUCGUGACUGAUCUUAAUUUCUCAAAGAUAAUAAGUAUGCAUGCAUGCAUGCAUGCAUGCAUCCACCUUAUAUGUGAAUAAUAAUCCUGUAUUAGUGUGUAUGAAGUCUUAUAUGUAUUCAGUUAUGUACUAUAUAUAUAAUUAAAUAAUGAUAUAUAGAUCGUAUUGUGGCUC